AUGGAUACAGAUCACCACCAUCAAGGAUCAGAUAACAGCAACAGCAACAACAACUUCGGCCCUCCCUCUUGGAUGGAAGUUGGGGAUAUGAACUCCUCCCAGCACUCGCCCACCCUCCCCGAUUUCCACAGCAUGGGCUAUGGCUCUCACCCUAUCAUGCCCUUGGACCCGUCCUACGGUCUGUCAAUACCUCCGCCCUACGCCUCGCUGCCAUUGACCGUCCCGUCACACCAAUGGCCCAGCUUGAUCGCAACGCAAUCGCAUUUCCCGGAUUCUGGUCUGCCGUCGCAUACUCAGCUUCCUGGUGUUUCUCAGGUUGCGCCUCAGCAGUCGGGACGUAAGUCGUCCACUAGUAGUGCUGCGCCGCGGAGGACGCUUACGGAUGAGGACCGUCGACGCAUGUGUCUUUACCAUGAGGAGCAUAAGACGGCGAAGCAGACGGAUAUUGGAGCUUUAUUUGGCGUGGAAAGAAGUACGGUUUCGAAGGUAUUGCGCCAAAAGGAAAAGUAUCUGAAUGCCGAGGACACAACGCGAUCUCCCAUUAAGCGCACCAAAGGGAGAGUCCCCGACAUCGAGAAAGCCCUAUCUAACUGGGCUCGCAACUAUCAAAAGCAAGGUUUCCCUCUGGCUGAUGCGCAAAUCCGGGAGAAAGCUAUGUUCUUCGCAAGCACCUGUGGUAGCCCUGAUGGGAAAGAGAGGGUUUUGACCACGCGAUGGCUGGAAAAAUUCAAGCAAAAGCAUAUUCUCGGCUCCAAGUCUCGAAAGAGUUCUUUUGCUAGCGCCAAGAGUGACUCGACCAGUCCAUCUCGUCUCAGCAUCAACUCCGCGUUGGCAUCUGCCGUGCAGUCUCCUACUCUGAUUUCUCCCACCUCGCCCACCGGGUUCAUUUCACCAACAUCCUUGUCUCCCACUCAGAGUCACGAGAACAUCAAGACGAACCUGGCAGAGAGCCUCGCUGAUUUGGCAGAAUACCAAAGAAACAACAAAAAUAUAACUUCCCCGGAUACCACUGCUUCUUCCCUCUCGCCUGGUGUGACUAGCCCAACAUCAUUGAUGUCGGACCCAUUUUCCCCUGCCACGGAUGCCAACAAACCAAGGAACGAAGCGUUCCCAUUCGGCACGGUUGACCCCAACAUGAUAUCCGAGCAGCAGCAACACCAACAAUCACCUCUCGAACAACAUCAGCCCCAUCCGCUGUCCCUUCCGAUUCUCGAAUCGCCUUUCGAAGAGCACCACAACACCAACACUGUCCCUGAUCAUUCAAAUACUGUUAAGCGCAACCGUAGUCAUCCCGAGAUCAAGGCUCGACCAAUUUAUCCAGCCAUCUUUUCCAAGUCAGCCACCGUUUCGCCAAUCAGCCCUCCUGGGUCUCCCACACAGGAUGAAGCGCGUCAGGCUUUGGAACUGGUCAUGAACUACUUCCAACAGCAACCGGCAGGGCUGUGUGCGCAGGAAUAUUUUACUAUGGGGAAGUUGAUGGAGCGACUGGACUUGGCUAAGAACCAGUCCCAUAUGCUUCCUGGCGGAUUUACUCGGAUUGAAGAACACAACGAUCCGACCUCCCAAAUGAAUAGGAAGAGGAGCAUCCAUGGUCUUGUUUAG